UCCCAAAUAAUCAGAUAGAUAUUUCUCGUCAGGGCUUCAGUGACGGUAGAUGACGAGCACUUGCCAUUGCCCAGUUUGAUCCAUCCAUUUGGAAAUAUGAAUGAAGAAGGUUGUGGCUUCAUUUCUUUUGGUUUCAUUUUUAUUUUUGGAUUUCAAAAUUGUGGCGUUCAGUACUGAAGCUUAGCUUGUUGCCAACGGGUUACAGAGGCCCAGGAGAAAAGAUAAUCCAUUCAGAUUCAGUGCUUAAAUCCUCAAUACUUUUUCAGGCAUGUCAAGCGUUGACUCAGAUUUUGCAGUAUGGUCGAGUUCGAGGAUAUGGCUUCUGCCUCUUCUUCUGCUACCCCUUCACAAUCAACUCCCAAAUUCACUUAUGAUGUUUUCUUGAGCUUUCGAGGGGAAGAUACUCGCAAGAACAUCGUGGAUCACCUUUACGAUCGGCUGAAACAAAUAGGGAUCCACACCUUCAAAGAUGACGAGCGGCUGGAGAAAGGACAGCAGAUUUCUCCCACUCUCCUACAAGCUAUUCAACAAUCAAGAUUUGCAGUUGUGGUCUUCUCCAAAAAUUAUGCAUCCUCAACCUGGUGUCUAGACGAACUUGCAAAAAUCAUGGAAUGCAAAGAAAAUCUCAACCAGGUUGUGGUGCCAAUUUUCUACGACAUAGAGCCUUCACAUGUGCGCAAACAAACUGCAAGUUUUAAAGAAGCAUUUGCCAAACAUGAAAAGAAUGAGGGCAAGGAGAGGGUUGAAAGAUGGAGGAAAGCUUUGACAGAGGCAGGCAAUAUUGCAGGGCACGAUUUGCACGGUGCUGAGUAUAACGGGUAUGAAUUAAAGUGUAUCAAAGCAGUCAUUGCUCACAUAUCGAAACAGUUGCCUCCACCUCCAAGUGUCCAAAAAGGUUUCGUUGGAUUAGAGUCACGGCUUGAAAAAGUAAGAAUGAAGUUGAAAGUGUGGGAUGAAGAUGCUAAGUUGGUAUUAGGCCUUUGGGGUAUGGGCGGUAUUGGGAAAACAACCAUUGCAAGAGCGGCUUUUGAACGAUUUUCUAGUGCAUUUGAUGGCUCAUGUUUUCUUGCUGAUGUUAGAAAACAUGGGAUGGAAGCCUUGCAAAAGAAACUCCUAUCCAAUGUUUUGAAGGAAAAUUCAAUUGAUAUAGAUGAUGUGGAUAAAGGAAUUCGUAUUAUACAGGAAAGGCUUAAAUUGAAGAGAGUGUUAAUUGUUCUUGAUGAUGUAGACCAUGAUGAUCAAUUAUAUAAAUUGGUUGGAGAUGGUGAAUGGCUUUACAAUGGUAGUAGAAUCAUCAUAACUACUAGAGUCAAGCAUUUAUUCACUCAAUUUAGCAUUGUUGUUGAACCUUAUGAAGUAGAGAAAUUGGAUGAAGAAAAAGCUUUAGAACUAUUUAGUUGGCAUGCUUUUAAGAAAGAAUCUCCAGAAAAAGGCUUUGAAAAUCUGUGUACAUCUUUUGUAGCUUAUGCUGGUGGUCUUCCAUUAGCCCUUAAAGUCUGGGGUUCUUUUUUACGUGGUCAAACAAAGCAAACAAUGUGGGAGAACACACUAGAGAAUAUUAAAGACAUACCAGAAGGGGAAGUUAUUAAAAUGCUAAGGAUAAGUUAUGAUGGACUGGGUGAGGAGUGCAAAAAUGUAUUUUUGGAUAUAGUAUGCUUUUUUCGGGAUGAGCACCGAUAUAUUGUAGAGGAAGUACUUAAUUGUUGUAAAUUACAUCCUAAUAUAAACAUAUCAGUGCUUAUUGAUAGAUGUCUUCUAUUUGAAUCAUUUGGAUAUAUUGAUAUGCAUGAUUUGAUAUAUGAAAUGGGGUUGAAUAUUGCAAGAAACACAGGGAGAAGGAUAUGUCGGCUUGAAGACCUUGAGGAUGAGCCUAAGGUGGUAGAAGGUCUUUUGCUUUCAUUCGACAGUGAUGAGAAUAUUAGCCCUUGUAUUGACUCUUUCAAACAAAUGACAAAACUGAAGAUGCUCAUUGUUAAAUAUCAUGAACGCUAUCGUUGUAGCUCAGAAUCUCAUCUAAAAAGUAUUGAAGCUUUGAAAGAGACAGGCAUUAUGAAUUAUCUCCCAAGGAGUUUGAUGGUGCUCAAAUUCCCACAUUAUCCAUGGUCAAAGCUUUUUUUCUCAAUGGAAAUGAAGAAACUUACCUAUUUGGAUCUGAGCGCAUCCGGCUCUUUAUUAGAAACCCCAAAUUUUGAAAAGAUGCCAAACUUGAUGAAUUUAAACCUUUCAAACUGUAUGAAAUUAAAAACGAUCCACCCAUCUAUUGCAAAUCUUAGGAAACUUGUAAAAUUAAAUUUAGGUGGAUGCAGCAACCUUGCAAAGUUUCCCAUCUUCAAUCAAGAAAUGAAAAGCAUUACCUCUUUGGAUCUUUCUUGUUGCUCUUUGUUAGAAACACCAAAUUUUGCUAUGAUGCCGAACUUGAAAGAAUUACGCCUUUUAUACUGUGAGAAAUUGAAAGAGAUCCACCCAUCUUUUGGAAAUCUUACAGAACUUGAGAAGUUUUGUUCAUUUGGAUGUAGUACCCUUGAAAAGCUUCCCAACAUUAACAAGGAAAUGAAAAGCAUUACCUCUUUGGAUCUUUCAUAUUGUCACUCUUUGUUAGAAACACCAAAUUUUGCUAUGAUGCCGAACUUGAAAGAAUUAUGCCUUUUAAACUGUGAGAAAUUGAAAGAGAUCCACCCAUCUUUUGGAAAUCUUACAGAACUUGAGAAGUUUUGUUCAUUUGGAUGUAGUACCCUUGAAAAGCUUCCCAACAUUAACAAGGAAAUGAAAAGCAUUACCUCUUUGGAUCUUUCAUAUUGUCGCUCUUUGUUAGAAACACCAAAUUUUGCUAAGAUGCCGAACUUGAAAGAAUUACGACUUCAAAAAUGUGAAAAAUUGAAAGAGAUCCACCCAUCUUUUAAAAAUCUCACGGAACUUGAAAAGUUGUAUAUUAAUGAAUGUAGUACCCUUGAAAAGCUUCCCAACAUUAACAAGGAAAUGAAGAGCAUUACGAAAUUCGAUCUUAAAAAUUGGUGUUCUUUGUUCGAAACACUAAAUUUUGGAAUGAUGCCGAACUGGAAGAAAUUUGGAAUAUCAUAUCUUGGGAAACUGGAUGAGAUCCAUCCAAAUUUUAGAAAUCUCAAGAAACUUGUGAAGUUUUGGAUUCAUGGAUGUAAUACCCUUGAAAAGCUUUCCAACAUUAACAAGGAAAUGAAGCGCAUUAUGAAUCUCGAUCUUAAAAAUUGUUGUUCUUUGUUAGAAACACUAAAUUUUUCUAUGAUGCCGAACUUGAAGAUAUUACGACUUUCAAUAUAUGAGAAAUUGGAAGAAAUCCGCCCAUCUUUUGAAAAUCUCACGGAACUUGAAGAGUUGUGUAUUGAUGGAUGUAGUACCCUUGAAAAGUUUCCCAACAUUAACAAGGAAAUGAAGAGCAUUACGUAUUUGGAUCCCAAAAAUUGUUGUUCUUUGUUAGAAACACCAAAUUUUGCUAUGAUGCCGAACUUGAAGCAAUUACGACUUUCAGAGUGGGAGAAAUUGAAAGAGAUCCACCCAUCUUUUGAAAAUCUCACGGAACUUGAAGAAUUGUGUAUUGAUGGAUGUAGUACCCUUGAAAAGCUUCCCAACAUUAACAAGGAAAUGAAGAGUAUUACGCAUUUAGAACUUGAAAAUUGUUGUUCUUUGUUAAAAACACAAAAUUUUGCUAUGAUGACGAACUUGAAGCAAUUACGACUUUCAAAGUGUGAGAAAUUGAAAGAGAUCCACCCAUCUUUUGAAAAUCUCACGGAACUUGAAAAGUUGUAUAUUGAUGGAUGUAGUACCCUAGAAAAGCUUCCCAACAUUAACAAGGAAAUGAAGAGUAUUACGCAUUUAGAACUUGAAAAUUGUUGUUCUUUGUUAAAAACACCAAAUUUUGCUAUGAUGACGAACUUCAAGCAAUUACGACUUUCAAAGUGUGAGAAAUUGAAAGAGAUCCACCCAUCUUUUGAAAAUCUCACGGAACUUGAAAAGUUGUAUAUUAAUGGAUGUAGUACCCUAGAAAAGCUUCCCAACAUUAACAAGGAAAUGAAGAGCAUUAAACAUUUGGAACUUGAAAAUUGUUGUUCUUUGUUAGAAACACCAAAUUUUGCUAUGAUGCCGAACUUGAAUCAAUUACGACUUUCAAAGUGUGAGAAAUUGAAAGAGAUCCACCCAUCUUUUGAAAAUCUCACGGAACUUGAAAAGUUGUAUAUUGAUGGAUGUAGUACCCUAGAAAAGCUUCCCAACAUUAACAAGGAAAUGAAGAGCAUUACGCAUUUGGAACUUGAAAAUUGUUAUUCUUUGUUAGAAACACCAAAUUUUGCUAUGAUGCCGAACUUGAAGUAAUUACGACUUUCAAAGUGUGAGAAAUUGAAAGAGAUCCACCCAUCUUUUGAAAAUCUCACGGAACUUGAAGAAUUGUGUAUUGAUAGAUGUAGUACCCUUGAAAAGCUUCCCAACAUUAACAAGGAAAUGAAGAGUAUUACGCAUUUAGAACUUGAAAAUUGUUGUUCUUUGUUAAAAACACCAAAUUUUGCUAUGAUGACGAACUUCAAGCAAUUACGACUUUCAAAGUGUGAGAAAUUGAAAGAGAUCCACCCAUCUUUUGAAAAUCUCACGGAACUUGAAAAGUUGUAUAUUGAUGGAUGUAGUACCCUAGAAAAGCUUCCCAACAUUAACAAGGAAAUGAAGAGCAUUAAACAUUUGGAACUUGAAAAUUGUUGUUCUUUGUUAGAAACACCAAAUUUUGCUAUGAUGCCGAACUUGAAUCAAUUACGACUUUCAAAGUGUGAGAAAUUGAAAGAGAUCCACCCAUCUUUUGAAAAUCUCACGGAACUUGAAAAGUUGUAUAUUGAUGGAUGUAGUACCCUAGAAAAGCUUCCCAACAUUAACAAUGUAUUAUCAUCUCUAUAUUUUCAAGCAUCAAAAUUGCAUAAAAUUACAAAA